AUGGUAGGUAAAGAAAUUGCCCGCAAUUUCAAUAUUUCGGAAGGGCAAGUCAGUAAAGUAUUUUCAACGUGGAAUAACUUUCUUCAGCAAGAGGUAAGGGCGCUGACUCCGUUUCCGACAGUUCUCGAGAACCAGGAAAAUCUCCCCGAUGCGUUCCACAGGUUUCCCAACACGAGAGUCGUCCUUGACGGAACCGAGGUGCGCACUCAGAAGCCAUCGUCCUUGCUUGCUCAGAGGCAGACCUUUUCACUGUACAAGCAUUAUAACACGUAUAAGGCAGUUGUUGGCUCUACGCCCAAGGGCUACAUUUCCUAUGUUUCAGAACUGCGGGGUGGAUCAACCUCCGACCGGGUGAUCGUUGAGGAGAGCGGGCUAAUGGAGCAGUUAGAACCAGGAGAUGCGAUCAUGGUCGACAAAGGUUUCAAAUUUAACGAUUUGCCACUGGGAGUGCAGGUCCACAUUCCGUCUUUCCGAAAGCCAAAUGAGCCACAAAUGUCGGAGAAUGAUGUGGCACACACACGUCACGUGGCAAGCGCUAGGGUAGUCAUUGAGCGCGUGAUAGGGAGGGUGAAGCAAUUUCACCUGCUUGAUCGACCCUUCCCAAUCUCCAUGGUUGAUAUUGCCGAACCUGUGUUCCACGUUUGGUGUUUUCUAAGCAACUUCCGUAUGCCUCUAGUGAAUGGCUAA